AACAAACAUCAAACGUAUCAGGGAAACAUGGUGGGGAGGAAUAAAUAAAAGAAAAGAAAAAGAGAGGGGGAGAGAGCGAUCUCCGUUCUCCGUUCUCCGGUCUACCCCGAUCCCGAGCUCUCCUGGAGGAUCCGCCAAAUUUGCUGGUCCUUUGAGCCUCUGCCAACAGUCUCUCUGCCGUGAUCUCCAACCAGGCUGCAUGAUUCAUGUGUGAUUUUGUUCUGGAGCCAAGAGCUUGGGAUGACUAUGGGGCAUUUAAGUUCUCCCUCAGGAAGCAACCCAUUCAAGUAUUGUCACUCCAAAUCUUCGAAAGGUGCCCUGGCAUCCACGAUCAAUUCCGAAAUCAGUGCAGUGCUGGCUGUGAUGCGGAGAAAUGUACGGUGGGGUGUCCGCUAUAUCCCAGAUGAUGACCAGUUAGAACAUUCUCUUGUCCAUUCUUUGAAAGAAUUGCGUAAGCAGAUUUUUUCUUGGCAAAGCAAUUGGCAAAGUGUUGACCCUAAAUUGUAUAUCCAGCCAUUUUUGGAUGUUAUACGGUCCGAUGAAACUGGGGCUCCAAUUACUGGUGUCGCUUUGUCAUCUGUCUACAAGAUCUUAACCCUCGACAUUCUUACCCUUGACACUGUAAAUGUGGAAGAGGCAAUACAUCUGAUAGUUGAUGCCGUAAAGAGCUGCCGUUUUGAGGUAACUGAUCCAGCCUCAGAGGAAGUGGUUCUAAUGAAGAUACUUCAGGUUCUUCUGGCUUGCGUGAAAAGUAAGGCAUCUUUUCGGUUGAGUAAUCUUGAUGUUUGCACCAUUGUCAACACAUGUUUGCGUGUUGUUCAUCAAUCAAGCUCCAAAAGUGAAUUGUUGCAGCGUAUAGCACGUCACACGAUGCAUGAACUGGUUAGAUGCAUCUUCUCGCAGCUGUCCUAUAUCAGCCCAUCAGAGCAUUCAUUGGCUAAUGGAAGCAGAUCACAUGUUGGGGAUACGGUGGGAACAGUGGACUGGGAUCAGAAUUCUCUAGAUAAACAGGUAGAAAAUGGAAAUAUUGGUAGUGAAUCUGAUACUCCGAGCGCUACUAAAAAUUCUUCAAGUGCUGUAUCGGAAAUUCCAGAAACAGGACUGAGGAACGGUGAAAGGAGCACUGAGGUAAACGAUUCCGUGAAUGUAGAUGAAAACGGUGAAAAUGCAAUGAUGGAGCCAUUUGGUAUCCCGUGCAUGGUAGAGAUAUUUCAUUUCUUGUGUUCUCUGUUGAACAUCAGAGAGAACAAUGAAGUCAGCUCCAGAUCUAAUCCUAUAGCAUUUGAUGAAGACGUCCCUCUUUUUGCUCUGGGUUUAAUAAAUUCUGCUAUAGAACUAGGAGGAUCUUCAUUCCGUGAACACCCAAAGUUGUUGAGACUGAUCCAGGAUGAACUAUUCUGUAACCUGAUGCAGUUUGGUUUAUCAAUGAGUCCUCUGAUUCUUUCUACCGUUUGCAGCAUCUUUCUGAAUCUCUAUUUGAAUCUGCGCACUGAGCUUAAGGUACAGCUUGAAGCUUUCUUUUCAUACGUUCUUCUGAGGAUUGCACAGAACAAAUAUGGGUCUUCGUACCAACAACAGGAGGUUGCCAUGGAGGCCCUGGUUGAUCUUUGCGGACAGCGUGCAUUUAUGGCUGAAAUGUAUGCUAAUUUUGACUGUGAUAUAACCUGCAUUAACGUGUUCGAGGACGUCACAAAUCUGUUAUCCAAGAAUGCUUUCCCAGUCAAUGGGCCUUUAUCUGCUAUGCAUAUACUUGCCUUGGAUGGUUUAAUUUCCAUGGUUCAGGGAAUGGCUGAGAGGGUAGGUGAGGAAUUAUUGCCUGCUGUGGAUGCUUCUACAUAUCAAGAGGCAUAUGAAGCGUUUUGGACGGUAAGAUGCGCGAACUAUGGAGAUCCCAACUUUUGGGUUCCGUUUGUCCGUAAGACCAAACACGUAAAGAAAAGGUUGAUGGUUGGAGCUGAUCAUUUCAACCGUGAUCCUAAAAAGGGCUUACAAUUUCUCCAAGGGAUGCACUUGUUUCCUGAGAUCCUUGACCCAGAGAGUGUGGCAGCUUUCUUUAGGUAUACAUGUGGUUUAGAUAAGAACCUCAUAGGAGAUUUUCUGGGAAAUCACGACCCAUUCUGUGUUCAGGUGCUUCAUGAAUUUGCAAAAACGUUUGACUUCCGCCACAUGAACCUAGACACAGCCCUCCGUCUUUUCUUGGGUACUUUCAGGUUGCCUGGUGAGUCACAGAAGAUACAGAGGGUCCUAGAGGCUUUUUCUGAAAGAUACUAUGAGCAAGGGAACGAUGAGCGAGGUAUUGUUUUCGGUUUUGUGUUUGAUGCAGUGGUGCUGAACACGGAUCAACACAACGUGCAGGUCAAGAAAAAGAUGACUGAAUCUGAUUUCAUCCGUAACAAUCGGUGCAUCAAUGGGGGAGAAGACCUUCCAAAAGAAUACUUGUCCGAGCUUUAUCAUUCCAUCUGUGAGAAUGAAAUUUUGAUGAUCCCGGAUCAGGAAACUGGCUUCUCAAUAAUGACAGCCAGCCAGUGGAUUAGUGUGAUCUACAAGUCAAGAGAAACCAGUCCAUAUAUCAUCUGUGAUGCCUCGGCACAUCUGGACCGAGACAUGUUCUCGAUCCUGUCCGGUCCCACUGUAGCAGCUGCAUCAGUAGUUUUCGAUCAAGCAGAGCAAGAGGGUGUUUUACAGAGAUGUGUUGAUGGGUUCUUGGCCAUUGCUAAACUUUCAGCAUAUUAUCAUUUAGAUAGUGUUCUGAACGAUCUGGUCGUGUCUCUGAGCAAAUUCACGCCCCUCUUGGCGCCUUUAUCCGAGGAUGAAACUGUUCUUGCUCUAGUGGAUUAUGCAAGAACACGAAUGGCAACUGCAGCAGUUUUCUCGAUUGCACAUAAAUACGGUGACUAUAUCCGUUCUGGCUGGAAAAGUGUACUGGAAUGCGUCUUAAGCUUACAGAAACUCAAGCUUUUACCAGCUCAUAUGGCCAGUGAUGCGACCGAGGAUACCAAGCCGUCAUCUAGUAACCCAGAGCAGGAAAGACCUUCAACAAUGCCCUUACCGGUUAUGCAGGUUCAUUCCUCUUCCACACCUCGUAGAUCAUCUAGUCUAAUUGGUCGGUUUAGCCAACUUUUGUAUUUUGAUACGGAGGAAACAAAGCCACAGCCAACCGAGGAAGAGCUGGCAGCUCAUAAGCAAGCUCGUGAGAUAGUGAAAGAUUUUCACAUCGAUAGCAUAUUCUCUGAGAGCAAAUUCCUCCAAGCCGAGUCUUUGCAACAGCUUGUGAACCCCCUCAUAACCGCAGCGGAGAAAGACGGAGACAGUGCAGUCUUCUGCUUAGAGCUACUGAUUACAAUCACGCUGAAUAACCGAGACAGGAUUCUACUGAUAUGGCAAGCUGUUUACGAGUACAUUGCAAAUGUUGUUCAAUCAACUUCAGUUCCAUCCACGCUCGUGGAAAAAGCUGUAUUUGGUCUCUUGAAGAUAUGCCAAAGAUUAUUGCCUUACAAGGAGAACCUCACGGAUGAACUUCUCAAGUCACUUCAGCUCAUCCUGAAGCUCAACGCCCGAGUAGCUGAUGCAUAUUGUGAAACCAUCACACGAGAAGUCGCUCAUCUCGUAAAAGCAAACGCAACCCACAUCAGAUCACAUAUCGGGUGGCGCACAAUCAUAUCUCUCCUAUCCAUCACAGCCCGGCAUCCAGAAGCUUCCGAGUCUGGAUUCGAAGCCCUUGUGUUUAUAAUGUCGGAAGGGGCUCACCUUUUACCGUCAAACUAUAUUCUCUGUUUGGACGCAGCAAGACAGUUUGCUGAGUCCCGAGUUGGCGAAAUUUCUCGGUCUAUCUCAGCCAUUGACUUAAUGGCAAACUCUGUGUUCUGUCUCGGAAAAUGGUCUCGCGAGGCUAAAAACUCGGUCGGAGAGGAUGCGGCCGAGAAACUAAAUCAAGACAUCGGCGAGAUGUGGAUAAGACUUGUGAACAGCCUCAAAAGGGUAUGUCUGGAUCAACGAGACGAAGUGAGAAACCAUUCCAUCUUAAUGGUUCAGAGAUCGGUAGCCGGAGCAGACGGGUUCCCAUUACCGCCGGAUCUUUGGUUCCGGUGCUUCGACUCGGUCAUCUUCCCAUUACUCGACGAACUCCUCGAAAUUUCCCGAGAGAAGGCCGGAAAAACCUUUGGGAAAUCAGCAGAGGAAACACUCGUUCUCGCCACAAAGCUCAUGUCAAAGGCGUUCCUACAGUCUCUCGAGUACCUCUGGAAGCAACCCUCCUUCUGCAAACUCUGGCUCGGGGUCCUGAUCCGUCUCGAGACCUACAUGUCGGCGAAAUUCCGAGGAAAACGGAGCGAGAAGAUCCACGAACUCAUCCCGGAGCUCCUCAAGAACACGUUGCUGGUCAUGAAGACAUCGGGAAUUCUCUUGCCAGGUGAAGACGUUGGCAGUGACAGCUUCUGGCAACUGACAUGGCUCCAUGUAAAGAAGACCUGUCCUUCACUUUUCUCCGAAAUUUUCCCUCAGGACGAAAUCGAGCAUUUGCAGAGACAAAAUGCCAAGGCCGGAGAAGUUCUGUUACCGGAAAACGGGACUCCUGCCUGAAGACUGAAGAAGCUCGGAAGAUUUGGUCGGAAUUUUUCUAUCUUAUUUGUUUCUACGACUUGAAGGAAGAGAGAAAGAGAAAAAGGUUUAUGGCAGUACAGUAAUAUACAGGAGGAUCAGAAAAGAGGAACACUGAGUUACUAUAUUGAAUUUUUUGCAGUAUAGCUUAAAACUUUUACCCCACAAAUUCGUUAAUUUUCUGGUAUGAAAAUGUUGCCAUCUUUGUUGUGUUU